AUGACAAACUAUCCCGGUCUUUUCUUGGGCGAUGAAGGCUUCAUCGACCAAGGAUCUCAUAUAAGGUGGGGUGGCAAAUUAUCCUUGGGUGAUGAAGCCGUGAUCACCCAAGGAUAUCGUGCCCUGGGAGAUGAAGGCUUCAUCACCCAAGGCAAGAUGGUGAUGAGGGCUUCAUCACCCAAAGCAUGUUCCUUGGUCGAUGAAGCCUUCAUCGCCCAGGGCACAAUAUCCUUGGGUGAUCACGGCUUAAUCACCCAAGACAUGUUCUUGGUCAGAUGA